AAACCCAAAACACAAAAACCCCCCGUUUUCAAUUCAUGGUCCGACCUGGUUCAUCACCCAAUUCAUUCAGCCUACCUUGUCUGCUCACUGUCAGAAACGCAAGCGAUCGAUUCUUCUGCACUUCAGCGGCCGCGCACCCUUUCAGUUUCUGCAACUCGAUUUUCUCAUCUGGGAGCUAUUCUCACUGCCGCCAUCUGCCUUCUUCCUCUUCGAGGAGUUCGAGCAGCAGGAAAUGGAGGAUAUCGGGGGCUUUCUCUGGCGAAGUCUCAGACGCCGGCAACAGAGUUGCAACCACCGGAAAGGAACUUGCAAUCUCAAGAAGUCCAGCUGCCGAUUGUGAAGAUAAAGACAUUGAGCUUUGUUUUGGAGUGAACUUGUAGAGUUUGAGGUUUUCUCGGGCGUUUGCUGGCUGUGAUGGAGGAGACAGCUAUGGCAGAACUUAGUCUGGGUACCCUUAUAGAUACCGUUGACAAGGAAUGGAUGAGGGACACUCUACCCAUGAUCUUCCUUUGCCACUGGUGCUGGUUGCUCGGACUGAUGAUACCAAAGACCCAAAUCAAGAGAAUCAACAAGUCAAUGAAGACACUUGGCAUGAUCUUGCAUUAGGUACAUUAAGGCUUCACAUUAGCAGUACUUGGAACCUUGUUAUUGAGAGCAUUUGUUCUCAGGAUUUGAAAUUGGAAGCCUCAGACUUUUUUCUGUGUGCAUGUGAAAAUGUUAAAAACAGAGUAACAUUAAUUUUAUGCACAAAUUGUUCACUUAAACUUGAUUCAAGUUAACAAGGCUGCUUAUACCUGUUUAAUGGUUAGCAAUAACCCCAUUUCUGAAAA